AUGAGCAAAACCAACGCGCUCGUAAUGAGCUUCGCUCUGGAGCACAGGCCGCGACUCACAAGAACCAGCAAGCCAAAGUCGCGGAAUGGGUGUACUACUUGCAGGUAUCUCAUCUUCCUCCCGUUACACCAACGCCGCCAUUUUAAGUGCGAUGAAGCCAAGCCGGCUUGCCUAGCGUGCCUGAAGUACCAGGGCUUUUGCACAGGAUACACGCCAGCCAAGACAAAACCACUCGCGAAACCUCCACCGCAACGUCUCGUCUACCCCAGGCUUGCGGCCAGCCAGGCCAAAGCCAAGCUGGCUCUGGAGCCAAGUUACGCGUCACUCGCUUUCUCUAACCAGCUCGAGAAGGACCACUUCGACUACUGGCUUGCAUUCUCACAAGCCUCAUGUUUAUUCCGUUCAGACUUCGUCGCACAGAUCAUUCCACAACUCUGUUGGGAUGACUCUGUGAUUAGGAAUCUGGCCAUAGCCAUUGGCGCCGCCGCCCUCGGUGGCAACACUCGAGAACAGCGGAUUUGCGGAAAGGGAAAGUUCCACAAAGACGCCCUCGUGCAUUACGGGAAAGCGCUGAAUAUGCUCUGCUCAUCACCGAUGUCUUCUGAGAGGACGUUGCUCGCAUGUCUCAUGUUCAUCACUUUCGAGAGCCUCCAGGGGAACAGGGCGGCUGGGCUGAACCACAUCAACCAGGGCUUCCGAAUCUUGGACCAGUGCCACCAAUCUUUGGAAGCCGAAAGCAGCGCCCUAUUAGACGGUAUAUCCUCCAGCUUUCAAAAGUUCAGCCACCAGGCUUGGGCUCUGAACGGCCUACAUCCUCAAGAAACGGAAAAGAGGGUCCCAUGGUGCUGUCGGGGACUAAAAGCCCGGUACGCUAUCGACGAGAUGCCGUCUGUGUUCGAGACUUUAGAAGUCGCCCGUCGUUGGUGGGCUAUUGUUAGACAUCAUAUCGAACACCACGCACCCUUGCGGACCAAAUUCCAAGUCAAGGGCUCCUCGAUGACGGACCCUCCGAUGCUCUCACCAGGAGAUGGCGCACCGGGCACCCUGGAACACAUACUCAGCUUCAUCCGGUACCUUGAUCUAUGGGACGCCACCUUCCGCCCGCUCGCUAUAAGGGCCGAAAAGAAUGACUCGGACUACCUGAGAGCGCUUAGUCUGAGGAUCCAGUACUUAUAUCUAUGGGCUGGAGUGCGCACUGGGAGCUGGACGGACGAAACCGAAGCAGAAAAGAUAACAGCCACGUUCCGCGACAUCGUAGCCCUCAGUCGGCAACUCCUUGCCGCCGAGGCCAGUCGACCGCCACCAAGAGCGGGAGAAGGUGAUGUUGAAGUAUUCUCAAUGGAUGACAGUCCAACGUGGCCUCUGGCUUGCGCGUAUCGGGUGUGCAAAGCCCCUGAUGUGCAGGAUGAGGUUGUUCAGCUAUUCAAGCAGUACCCGCGACGUGACGGCCUUCUGGAUACACAGGCGUUCUUGGUAGUCAUGGAGUGGGUUGAGCGCAAUGCGUCGGCUGGAAUAAUCAUGAACAUGCCAAGUCCGGUGGUGGAUUGCGUGGUCUGGGACGACAAUACUGUCACACUUCAAAGGCAACUUUGGGACCCGGCGACAUCAGAAUGGAGUGACAAGAGCAUCAAAUUUAGCAUUAUUUAG